GGAACCCACCAAGAGUUUCAUAUUUUGUGCUAUUUAAAACUUGUGCUACAGAGGCAACAAUCUACAAAUUAUUUGGCAUUUAUGAGCGAUGGAGGAAAUCUACAUGAAUGUUAAAUAUGACAACUGUGCUGACUUAAAAGCAUCAAAAAAUCUGAGAGGUCCCAGGAGCUCAGAGAGGAGAUUUCAUGGAUCUGUUGUUCUCUGUCUGGGUCUGCUCACUGUUCUCCUGCUGGUUGGACUCAUCGGCCUCGGUGUCCACUACUACGAUUCAGUACGUGGUUUGGCUGCAGAUUUCUCCAUUGUCACUGACAAUCUGACUCAGCGUCUCCAGGCCAGUAAUAACAAGCUUUCCUCCAUGUUUGAAGAGAGAAGCCUGCUGAAUGCCAGCCUCAUUCAAAUGACUGAAGAACUGACAAGACUUCAGACUUUGUCCAGACAGAAGAAAGCUUGUCCUACGGGAUGGAGGAUGUUCAUGUGUUCCUGUUAUCUCCUCUCCAAUGAGUCUGGUUCGUGGGCAAGAGGCCGAGAGGACUGCAGGAAUCGAGGAGCAGAUCUGGUUGUAAUUGACAGCACUGAAGAACAGACAUUCCUCUCUGACUUGACCAUGGUAGAAACUUGGAUUUGGAUUGGUCUGACUGACAAGGACAAUGAGGGGACCUGGAAAUGGAUUGAUGGGACUCCACUGACUCUACAAUACAGGUACUGGGAGGCAGAGCAGCCUGAUAACGGUGGUGGAGAUCCAAAGUGGGGUGAAGAGGACUGUGCACACAUCAGAACUGGCAAGAAAACUGAAGAAAACUGGAACGAUCGUUCAUGUGAUGCUUCAUUGCGAUGGAUCUGUGAGAAAAAGGCUUAGCAUUAUGCUUUUACAAACUAUGAUUUGGCAAAAGACCCUUUGUAUUGAGUGUCCUUUAAGAUCUGUAUGUGAAAGAGAGUAUAUUAUUACAGGUCUUUCUCAUCGGAGUUCAUUAUCCUUGAAGAACAUUUCUGUGGGAACUUCUCUGCAUCAGUUUAAUAAUGAGUACAAUAUGGGCACCCGGUUAGCUCAGUCGGUAGAGAUGGCGACCCAUGUACUGUCUAUCGUCAGCUGUCUCUAUCAAAUAGAUUUUAAUAAAUAAAAAAAUAUGAGUACAAUAUAUAAUUUGCGUGAUUAUAGGGCAACCUAUAAUACAGGGCAAGACAGGUGGGUCGUGUUUGUGUAGAAUGCUGUGUAGGCUCACAUAAUACUACAUAGUACUUUCAGUUAAAUAACCAUAAUGUGCUGUAGUUUUCAGUCUUACCCUUUGAUAUGCUAAAGAAGUCUCCAACAGUUGUUUCCCAUAAGCGAAUGGUAGAUGCUGGAAAUGUCACCGCAGUGAACCCAUAAUUACCUUUCCACUGUCUAUAAAGUGUACAGUAGCCUGCCAGUAACACAUUUGGAUGAAAUAUGCAAAUAUUUUCCAAAUACUAAACAAAGACACGGUACUACACUUUGCAGGACAGUGACAUUUAGUGACACCUAACUUGUCUUUGUUUAGUAUUUGGAAAAUAUUUGCAUAUUUCAUCCAAAUGUGUUACUGGUAGGCUACUAAUAAUUAUGGGUUCACUACAGUGACAUUUAUUUGGCUCAUCAGAGGGUAAGACUGAAAACUACAAAUACAUUAUGGUUAUUUUACUGAAAGUACUUAGUUGUGUCAUGGAUGCUGCACAAUAUUGACAUGCCAACGGUUAAUGCUAUAUACUCUAACUACCAAAGUAUUACGUUAGUCUCUAUGUAAGUCUACACAGAAAUCAUCCACCUGUCUUACCCUGUAUGUGGGCUAUACCACUCACUUUAACAGUUAACUCCCACAUAAUUACCAACCAAAACGCUUUAUUCUGCUUUCAUUUUACUCUGUAAUUACUCAACACUUACUACAGUAAAUACUGGUAGUUCUCCCACUGCAGCUGGUCAUUAUAUUGAUUUUACUUAAAUUACUUUCUGUUGUUUCUGGCUCAUUUCUCUACAUUCCUCUGUAAUUACUACAUAAUUAAGUAUGAGUAUUCUGAUCAUCAUGUCAUCUAACAAGUAAAAAUUCAAGACUCAAAGUUUCUGCCAGGCAUCAAAAAUUGCUUGUUGCUUCUUCUGGCUUUCCAACUAGGGAAUUUGUGCCCCCUACUCAUAAUAUUCACAUAAUGGUGGUGAAUGGAAACAAGCAUUCAUUAGAAUUUGUGAUACAUUUGGACCAAAACACAGCUUAUGACUGACUAUGAAGUUUUAAGAUAUUUCUGUAACUGUAAGGUAAACAUAUCUGUAAUCUGAAGGGUACAGCAGGCCAAGAUCGGACCCAGAAGUUUUUCUCCCUUUUCUUUUGUCAUAUAAACACACCAGUGUUCCAAACACCAGACAUAAAAUCAUUGAAUCAGUGUUUUAGCUAAAGAUUUCUUCAUAGUUGAAAACUGCAAAAGAAAACCAGGAUGGUAUGGUAUAGUCUGGUGUAAAAGUUUUGUUAUGAUGAUUUGUGAUGGCGGUAGCUGAUAUUGGUUGUGGCUUUUUAUAUAAUAAUGAGCAGAAUUAAAAGCCUUUAAAAAGUU